CUCGAUUGUUCGGUAAUUAACUUGAUUUUAGGGUGUCUCUGUAUCUGCUUUAUCGGGGAAAUUUCUGAAUCUCCGCCGUAUCGGUUUGAUUCAGAUUCUGCGGUCGCUCUCUCUUUCUCCUUUUCGAGUUUCUGUCUACCCAGAACCUUGAAAAACCCUAAUUUUGAUACACUAGCUUUAGAACGUUCUCGAGAGAGGUCAUUCAUUAACCUUGAGGAAGUCCGUGUGUGUGUGUGUGUGUGUUGAAGAUGCCCCCAAAGCAACAACCGAAGGCCGAUUUGGCUAAAAAGCAGAAGCAAGUGGAAGACAAGACUUUCGGUCUGAAAAACAAGAACAAGAGCAAGAAUGUUCAGAAGUAUGUCCAGAGUCUCAAGCAAUCUGUCCAGCCUAAACCCGACGCCUCUAAAGCUGCUGCCAAGAAAAAGAAAGAGGAAGAGAAAGCGAGAGAGCAAGAGUUGAAUGAGUUGUUUAAGGUUGCCAUUAGUCAGCCCAAAGUUCCUGUUGGUGUGGAUCCAAAGUCCAUCCUGUGUGAGUUUUUCAAGCAUGGGCAGUGUCAAAAGGGAUUUAAGUGCAAGUUCUCUCAUGAUUUGAACAUUCAGAGGAAGGGUGAGAAGAUCGAUAUUUACAGCGAUAAGCGUGAUGAAGAUGGAAAUAUGGAGGAGUGGGAUCAGGAGACCCUUGAAAAGGUUGUGGAAUCCAAGAAAAAUGAAUAUAACCAGAAUAAGCCUACAGAUAUUGUUUGCAAGUAUUUUCUGGACGCGGUGGAAAAGAAACAGUAUGGGUGGUUCUGGGCUUGCCCCAAUGGUGGCAAAGAGUGUCAUUACAGACACGCUCUUCCUCCUGGUUAUAUCCUCAAAUCUCAGAUGAAGGCUCUGUUGGAAGAGGAGUCACAAAAGAUGCCAGUUGAAGAAGAAAUCGAAAAUGAGCGUGCAAAACUGAAAACGGCAACACAAAUGACACCUGCGCUAUUUAUGGAAUGGAAGAGGAAGAAAAUAGCAGAGAGAGAUGCAGGUUUGGCUGCUUCUCAAGCCGAGAGAGCUAAGAACGACCGUAUGAGUGGUCGGGAGCUGUUUCUGUCCAAUGCAAGCUUGUUUGUGGACGAUGCUGAGGCUUUUGAAGAAUACCAGAGGGAAAAAGAAGAGGAAGAGAUUGAGCAGAAGGCAAAGGACAAAGAAGCAGAGGCUCCUGGGACAAGCAAGAGCAUUGGUGAUGCUGAACAGACUUCGAAAGAAGUGGAUGAAGAGGACGAAGAUGAUGAUGAUGAUGAUUUGGACAUGGAUGAGCUUGAUGAAUUGGAAGCAAGCUUGUCGAAAACUUCGAUCCAGAUUCGUGAGCCAAACGAUUAAGGAUCAUCAUAUUGAGAUUGAAAAUAUAUGUGAGAGGUGGAGGAGAGGAAAGCACAUGUGUUUGGCUUUGUGCACUUUGCAGACACUAACACCUAUUUUCAGGUGUCUGAAUAAUCGUUUACUGUGUGUUACAAAAAAAAAAAAAAAAGAAUAAUGGUUUACUGUCUUAAAGAUCGUAAUGUCUCAUCAAGGACUGGUGUUCUUUUUUUUUUUUUGUAUUCUUUGUUCUUAAUGGUGUUUAAGUAAAACAUUGUCAUACAUAAUUUAUAAUAUAGUGUGUGAGAUAGGUUUUGGGGAUAA